UAGUACCUGUAGUGGAAAGGUCUUGAUCUUGGAAUCGAGAGGUGCAGAAUCAAGUGUUUAAGGUUCUGGAAAUGACUUUACGUUGGUUGUCUUCACAACUGUGGAGGCACAGGGUCAGCGGCCUGCUGGCAGUGCUGGUGGUUUUACUACUUCUAACACUGCUCGCCACUCAAUCUCUGCAAAUCAACAGGACCCAUGAAUUGAGGCCUACAGAGGAGAGAAGGAAUCACAGAGAAACUGCUCAUAGACACACAAACCUUCAUACUCAAAACACACACCAAACACCCAAACAGACUUCGCCAACCAGUGAUGACCAGCAGAGGGCACUUCCACCUGUGGUGUUUCUGAAAACACACCGGACUGGCAGCAGCACAGUGCAGAAUAUCCUGUUUCGACUCGGGGAAAGAGAGAGUGCCACCUUCGCCUUUCCUUACCACACGUAUCAGUUUAAUUACCCAGACAGAUUCAAAGCGGCCUUUGUGGAUGAACUUCCCGAGGGUUCCUCUCAGUUCAACCUGCUGUGCAGUAAUAUGCGUUUGGACCUGACGCAGGUAAAACAGGUGAUGCCCCCAAACACUGUCUUCAUCACACUGUUACGAGAUCCGGUUAGGACCUUUGAGUCGGUCUUCAGCUACUAUACCUCCACCAUCCCAGCAUUCCUCAGUGCGUACAGAGCCACUGCCAACACUGCUAACGGAGGCAAAUCUGCACUUUCUGUAUUUCUGGACUCUCCCGAGAGGUUCUGGGACCCGAAUGAACCUGGAAACGGUCUGGCCAAGAACCCCAUGAGCUUCGACAUGGGGCUGAAUAACCAGAAGUGGAACACUUCCUGGCCAGAAGAUCUGUCUCAACUCGAGGAGGCGUUUCACCUGGUCAUGAUUGCUGAACACUUUGACGAGUCUCUGGUCCUCUUGGGGGCGCUUCUGGGACUGGACCACGAAGAUUUAGCUUAUGUUCGGCUAAACUCUCGCACAAGCAACAGUGUGACUGAGCUGGACAAGAACAUGAUGGCAAAACUGAGAUCGUGGAACGUGUUAGACACUCUGUUGUACGAAUUCUUCGUGCAAGUGUUCUGGGAGAAAGCAAGUCAGUUUGGGCUGGAGAGGUUGAAGGUAGAGGUUGCAAAGCUUAGGGCGUCUACAGAGAGCGUUCGGCAAAAAUGCGUGUCGAGGGCUGCAGUGCCACCUGCUGAACUGGAAGACUUGUUGCGUCCGUGGCAGACAGAAUCGGUCACUAUUGUAGGAUACGAGGUACAAGGAAAACUUUCGCUCCAAGAUCAAGGUUUUUGUGUUCGGUUGAUGUUGCCUGAGCUUCAGUAUCACUCACACUUGUACUUCAGACAGUACGGUAGAGAUAUGAGAGCUGCUCCGGCAGACUGA